AUGAAAAACUCAUAUUUGCUGUUGAUCGUUGCCAUUACAUUAGUACAUGGCUUGGAGGAGUCUCUGACCCUUAUGAGUUUAGAGUAAAUGAAUUCUUUGGACACAUCCUAAUUUGAUUGUUCACGUCCGUAGUCUGAAUUCAUCCAGAUGGAGAAUUCCUUGUCUUAAUGGCAAGACUUGUUGGAACAUAAAGAUUACAUUGAUCAUGAUAUUAAAGUACUUCAAGGCAUCCAAGCUAAAGUGGGCCUCAAAGCAUCACAUAAAUAAGUGAUCAAAUCAUUGAGUCAACUAAAAUUACCAAAAACAUCCACAUAGAUAGGUUUAGCUGAAGUUGAAGCACUCAAGCAAUAAUGCGGAUGUCUCAAGAAAUCUGAUGACAAUUGUGAUGCUCUUUUAAAAUUGCUAUCUUAUUUCAUCCUUUCCCUUAGAAAUGUUUAAUCCUAAUGCCAAUAACAUCCAAUAACUGUAAUUAAAAUUAAAGGGAAAAUACAUGAUCUCUAAGUCAUCAGAGCUGGAUGUGGAGGUACCAUUGAUAUCAAAGGAGAUGAAAGUUGUGAUACUCCAUAGUAACCUGAACCAACUACAACACCAACAGAAGUUCCUUCUACAGAUCCAGUCCCAAAACCUUCAACUGACCCAAUACCAGAUGAUCAAAAGGAAUCUGAAGAACCUGUAGAAGAAAUCAUCACAGAAGAAACAGUAGAUACUGCCGAAGAGGAAUAAGGGGAUUAAUAACCUCCAGUUACUCCAGAUGAUUCAACUAAACCAGAAGAAGGAGAAGCUGAUGAAGAAUAACCAGAAGAAGGAUCUCCUGCUGCUGAAGAAGCUGAACCAGCUGCUGCAGAAGAAUAAGAAGGAUCACCUGAAGAAACAAAAGCUGAAGAGGGAGUUGAUACUCCAGCCGCAGAAGAAGAAGCAGGUGUUUAAGCAGAAGAAGAAGGUGUUUAAGCAGAAGAAGCAGGAGCAGAAGAAUAAGCACAAACAGCUGAAGAAGAAACAUAAGAAGAAGUGAAUUAACCUGAAGAAAUUACAGAACCUGAAGAAGAAAUUGAGAUUCAAGUACCAGGGGAAGAAUCUGAAGAAAAUGCUGUACAAGGUGCAGAAGAAGGAUAGGCUGCUGAAGAAGGCUAACCUGAGAGUGCUGAAGAAGGAUAGGCUGAGGCUGCAGAAGAAGGAUAAGCUGAGAGUGCAGAAGAAGGAUAGGCUGAGAGUGUUGAAGAGGGUUUUGCUGAAGAAGGUGUAGCUGAGGUAGCUGAAGAAGGUGUAGCUGAGGCAGCUGAAGAAACAGUUGCUGCUCCUGAAGAGGAGGAAUUAUAAAUAGAUGAACCAGCUGAAGAGAUUGAUAUAGAAGUACCUGCAGAAGAAGAAGCCUGUGAAGAAGAAGAAUUGGACUAAGAAGAGGAAGCAUUUGAUGAAGAAGUUGGUGAAGAGGCUGGUGAAGAGGCUAGCGAAGAGGGUACUUAAAAGGAAGACACUUAAGUCCCAGGAGAAACAGAAGAAGAGCAAAUUGGUGGUGAAUAACCAGGAGAAGAAUAAUAAUAAUAAUAACCAGAUGCCGAAGAGACAGAAAGCUCAGUUGGAGAACCUUUAGAGUUUGAAGAAGAAUCAAAUGGUGAAGUUCCUGCAACAGAAGAAACUACAGCUCCAGGUGAAGAAGCCGCGCCAGGCGAAGAAACUACCACGGCUGAAGAAACAACAAGUGCUGAGGAGAGCAAUGUUGGUGAUGAACCUGUACCAGAUGAUUAAUAGGAUGAAGAAUAAGAAGUAUUACCAGAAGGAUGCAGAAAAGUGCCUGAAGAUGUUUUGGAUAUUAGUUGGUAGAGUACAGAACCAGUAGCAGUAAGUGAUUUACCAGUUACAGAAACCUAAAUUAUUGGAUUAUCAUUCUAUUUCAGAUGGUUAUCAAAAUUCCCAGAUGCUGUUCCUGAAGGAUUAAGUUAAGAAACUAAGUUCUUUGUUGCUGGAUUAGGAAAUGCAUUGAAAUUCUAUGUGGGAUAAGGAGGAUUCCAUUUCAGUUCAUUUGAUGAGAAUGGUGUUGAAACUUACAAGAAUGCUGGUCAUGGUGAUAUUGAAGGACAAUGGGUACUUGUAUACUUUGGUAUUUCCAACCAAAAAGUUACAGGAUUUGCCUAAAUUUAAGGAUAAGAUGUUGAGACUGUUGAAUUCGAUGUCAAUUUCACAUUAGAAGAAUCUUAUCAAUUGGUGAUUGGUGGACCAGAUGGGGAUGUUAAAUCAUUUAAUGGUUAGAUUGCUAGAGUAUUUGCAUUCAAUGAUGAAUUGUACACAUAAGCAACUGAAUUCACUGAAUUUGUUACUAAAUGCUAUGGAAUUCCUAAAAACAUUUACAGUGGCAAGAGAUUAACAAUUCCAAUUGAAAAGGAGAGAACUUUUGUAUCUCCAGCUUCAUUUGAUUAUGACAGUGUUUUUGAAAAUAAAAAGCCCAUGUUACCAGAUGAAUAUUCAGCCAGUGGUUGGUUCAAAUGGGAAAAACCAAAUGACUAAAAUAUCUGGCAUUCAGGAUUUAGAUGGACUACCAAUAAUUAAGAAACUAAUCAAAAUUUCAGAAUCCUUGGAGACAGAGGACUUUCUUUCUUUGUUGGAGAUGAAGAUAACUUAUAAGGACAUGUUGCCUUUUGUACAUAUUCUUACAAGACUGCCAAUGGGUAUUUAGUUUAAUUAUUUUAGUAAAUCAAAGGUUAAUGAUUGCAAGAUGGUUAAGUAUGGUAAUAAAUUGACUGAGUGGUUCUAUGUUUACUUUGGAUACAGUAGACAUUUGAACAAGGCUUAUGGAUAUAUGGAAUUCACACAUGAGAUGGCUCAAAUGGAAUUCAAGGAUGUUAGACACUAUUAUGCCAGCAAAAUUUAUUUCUAUUUGGGAUAAGAUAAGUUCUAUCCACCUUUCAAUGGCAAGGUUUAAGGAUUCAUGUUGAAUUUCUUCGAUGGAUCAUACAGAACAUCCAGUUAUGAUUACAGUAUUAAUUAUAUUAAUAUUUCACAAUAGCUUUCGGAUAUUUCCCAAGACCAGUCUAUGAAUAUGAUGACUCCAAGGAAUUGAUCCCAUCUGAACCCGUAGAAAAGAAGAAGUAUUUAUCUCACACAUUAUAUUUUAGAUGUCCAAAAGUAGUUGAAAUCACUGUAGAAAAUGCAUCUGAUGUUUUGUGUGCCUUGAGUAAUUAUUUGUCUGCAGUUGCACAAGGACAUGAUCCUGCUUCAGAUCCUAAGGCUAAAUCCUUCUGUUUCUGUUUGGUAUAUGAGGAAGGUAUUUAUUCAUUAUUUUAAUAUAGAAAAUGCAACUCCUGAUUUGUUGAUGUUAGCAUAAAUCUUUGGUGGAAAGAUUAAAUAGAAAUAAACUAAUGUUAAUUCCUCAAUCAAGAAACUGAUAAGCAGAUAGAAUGCACUAUUAAAGUGAUUGUUAGAAC